AUGGACGCUGACGAUGAAGAGCUCGCGGAGCUGCUGCCCUCGCUCAGGGUAAAGAGGCGUAUGAAGAACGUUCUUGGUGAGCUGAAGGACGUUGAGUCCGUAUCCAAGGCGCUACAAGGCGGUGACGUCAACUUGCUUGUGCGAGUGUGGUUCGACAGUCUCAUCGCGAAAAAGGAGUUGUAUUCCACCUAUCUAGCUCCAAGAGCUAAAAUUGUUACAGCCCUGAGUUCGAGUCCGGCUGUGUCCGGGUGCUGA